UUGGUAAUGUAAUCGAAAAUAUAAUCGAAUUUUAUUUUGAAUUUAUUCAUUGAAAAUCAAAGUGAAAAAAUAUAAAAAAAACAAUCACGAUAAUGGGAAAUUAUGUUAAUAAAUUUUUUAUUCAUAAAACUGAAACUUAUAACAAUGAGAUUGAAAAAGAAGAAAUAAAAGAUUCAUCAGCGAUAGAUGAAGUAACUGUUGAAAAAAAUAUGCAAACUCCACCAAUAAUUCGUAAAACAUUAAUUACGGAUCCUAGAUCUGUAACGAAUGGAAUAAAUAGAACACCAAUUGAGGUGAAUAAUACACCUGUUGGAUUAAAUAAAAAAAUAUCAGCAAUUCCAAAACAUUUACAAAAUAAACCAUACUUGGAAACAGAUAUAGAUAAAAUAAUGUUAUGUUUAACUCCUAAAAAACAUUUGGUGCCAAAAUUAAUAGAAGCUCCAAAACAAAAAAGUGAAGAAAAUCUUUUAACACCAACAAGUAAUAAUUUAAAUAAUAAAAAAAUAAUCACUGAUAUCGAAAAGGAACGUUAUAAUAUUCUAGGACUUGAUCCUAGAUCUCCAGCAGCAGAUUUUGAUAGAACUCCAAUUUUAAUGCCAAAAUCUAUUGAACGUUUAAGAGCAAGAUCUCAAGAAUGUUUGCAUAGACAAGGCAGUUAUGAUACAGAUAUUUUUUAUCCAAAAUUUUCAUAUUGUGAAAUGUCAUCACAAUUUAAUGUUACUGAAGUACAAGUUUUAACAGAUUUAGACACAUCUGCAGUAAAUUCUUUACAUUCAGUUAUUACUGAUUCUGAUGACAAAUUAAACGAGCCUAAAUCAUCAUAUUCAAAUGAUUCAGUUAAAACUAAUUUUAUUUCAGAAAUUGUAGAAAAAGAAUUAGAAGAUCAAAAUAAAAUUCAAAGCAUUGUAGAACAAAAUAAUUGUGAUGAUAAUAAUAUUAAAAAGAAUGCAGAACAAAAAUGUAUUAUUAAUAAUGAUAUAAUUAAAGUGUGGAGAGAUUCAUUAAUAUUGGAUACAUUUGAGGAAUCAAAUGAAUCAGAUAAUGUACAAGAAGUUACAGAAAAAAUGUCACAAAUAAAUAAGGAAGAAGUAAUUAUAACAUUUGACAAUGAUAGUACCAAAGACUUAAUUCCAAAAUUAAUUAAUUCUGAAAAUGAAAAAACAAAAGUAGACACAAUUAAAAAAAAGAAAAAAAUUGUCAAAUCAGAAAUUAAAGUUACAACAGAUGAAAAAAAAUCCUUUAUUGAUAAAAAUGAAAAUGAAUCCAUAAAGAUUCGAACUCCUCUUGGAAAUCGUUCAAAUAAUGAACAAAUACAAACAUUGUUAACAAAGUCACCACAACAAAUGUUUAAGAGUAAAAGUAUUGUUUCAAAAAUAUUAAAAGAAAAUACACCACCACAUAAAAAAUAUUUUGUAAAAUCUAAAUUAAAUGGUGUACAAUGGGAUCCUGAUUCAACUGUUAUUAUUUAAGAUUAUUAAUUUUUAUAAGAAAAAUUUAAACAUAGUUUAUAUCUUUUAUAGAACUAUUUUUAUAGAAAUUUAAAUAAUUGUAAAAAUUAAUUAUAAACAUAAAUAUAAAAAAUUAGUUGAAAUAGUGUAUUUAUUUAAUAUAAAAUAAAUAAUUUUCUUAAAAAA